GCUUCCCCCGUGCAUAACAUUACGCGAGUCGCACCCAGACACAGUGCUUACCUAGUGUGUAUUUUGGCAGCAACCCCUCUGGAUGCUGGCUGCAACAAGUUGUUCUCUUGUGAAGCGAUAGCGUAGAAGCCCGGUAUCGGUGUGUUUGUGGCAUCCCGCAGCAUAAUGGACCCGACUGGUCGGCAAAAUGGACUGAACUGUUAAAUAACAUUCACUUGUGUGCAAAGAGCAAAAAAUUAUAUCAAAGUGGAUAAAGUUUUGAUUGGAAAAUCGGUACAAGUGACGGUAGAAGUUGACUCGAAUUAUCAAACUAGUCAGUGGUGAAAAAGAAAGAAAGGACUGUUUCAGCAGAAAAGUGAGUGAUACAGCAUAAGUGGCUUCGAGAGCGUUUCCAAUAACCUUUGGAUAUUGAAUUUCAUUGGUAUUCAGUGCAGAGCAUUAAAACAGCCAAGAUAUCGUUCCGCAGCAGAUCCAAUUCCAAGGAUUCCGGCAUGAAGACGGAGGAUAAAACGAACGUGCCCCGGGUGCGGAUAGCAGUCGUCGGGAACAUGAACGUCGGCAAAUCAGCCCUCACAGUGCGCUAUCUUACGCGUCGAUUCAUCGGCGAGUAUCGCUCCAACACCGACCUGCUGUACAAACAGACGGUCACGCUGGACAGUGGCGUGCUGGAUGUGGAAAUUGUCGAUAUCUCGGCAGAAAACGAGAAUGAUUUCCCCGUGGAGCAGAUCCAGUGGGCGGACGCGUGCCUAAUUGUGUACAGUAUCAUCGACCGGGCCAGCUACGAGUACGCCCAGCGGUCGCUGGCCGAGCUGCGACAGUUGCAAAAUUCUCCCUCCGCCUAUCUGAUCGGCAACAAGGCCGACCUAGACCACUUGAGAGAGGUCCAAGAAACGGAAGGAGCCACCCUAGCAGCCUCUCACGCGAUUGGUUUCUGCGAAGUGUCGGUAGCGGACAACUCCCCCGCUCUGUACAAGGCAUUCGAGCGCUUGCUGAUCGAGUCCCGUGCUCGACCGGUUAAGCCCCGGAAGUUUUCCGUCAGCAAAAUGUUUGGUACUCUCAUUGGCAACAACGGCACGAGACAGCCUUCGACCGCGAUCAGCCAAGGCACCGUGGUGCCCUGCCAUAAAGGCGAGCUGCACAAAUCCCGGGUGAUGAAACGACGGCAGGCAUUUACCGCGACGGCAUCGCUAUGACCGACAUCGACAACGGCCGAAGAUAGCAACUGAAUUGUUUCGCUGUAGUCGCAGUCGCAGUGCGAUGGGCGGUGCGAUGCACUCUAAGACGGAUUUCGUGGUAUAAUAAUAUAAGUAGCAGUAGCAGAACGGCAGCAGCAGCAGCAGCAGCAUCAGCAGGAGUAGUUUUAGUACUUCAUUGACUAACUGACUGACUGAGUGGAUUUCAGCCGUUGACACACGCCGCAGAAGUUGAUCGAAGAAAGACACGUCGAAAGAGAAACUCGGGUCAACGUCGGUGGAAUGAACAAGAAUGUGAUUUAAAUUUAGCAUCAAUCCUACUAUACACAACCGAAGAAAGAAGCAGACACACUUACCAAAUACUAAUCGCGCGAAGAAUCAUCAUACUCGUUCCCUAUAACGAACUAAUCUUAGUCUCUUACGUACACUUAGAUACAGAAUUCUCUUAGUGUAUACUUCGAGCCUCUUUAUCGUUUUAGAUAAAGUUGUCGACAGAUAGCCCCCGUAAUAUGUCUAGUAUAAGUUAAUUCUUUUGUAUUAUCAAAUCAUAGCUUGAGUCAAACCAUUACAGUGUCGAAAUAAUAAUGCUGCGGAAAACAGAAGCACAAAAGUUACAAGGACGAUUGCUCCACAACAUCCCCUCCGGCAUCAAUCUCUCGAAAUUCCAUUAUGCUCAUUAUCGUUAUUCGCCGCACAGUGCCGCAAUGGAAAAGUUCGACAUUUGUAGUCGCGCGUUGUUUGCGUUUGUUUGCUGUUGUUUCGAUCAGUUGAUUGUUAUUUUCUCCCCCAGGGCAUCAAAACGCACAUAUCAAACGCGCCACCCUGACGAUCCGCCUGAUUAGCAAUACUAAUGGCGCAGGCAAAAACUUCCGUUAGUAAGCGAACAAAUCACACAGCGCAAAAAUCAAUUCAAAUUACAGCUCGGACACGUUUCGGAUCGACAGAAACACCCCAAAUCAAUUAAGCGAGCGGAAACACAACGCAGUUAAAUAUUAUUUUGAUUACACACACACACCCCAUCACACGCGCCGUCUUUAUGGAUGCUCUGUGCGUUCAGAAAAUUUUCCACCAUCAUUAGCAACAGCAGCAGCAGCUUGCAUACGUGUGUAUGCUCAAACUGUUCCGAUGGAUCGGAUUACCCUUCCCCCCAAACCCAAAGAUGGAAAUGAUGGAAAUGUUUGUUUGAACAUCAUAAUAAUGUGCGUAUUUCCGGGCGUUUCACUAUCCAGCCGCGAGCAAGCAAGUCAACUUGAACUUGUGUACAAACGCUAAACAACAUGAACUCUACACCACGCUAAUCAUACCUCCCCACCUCGCGAUAACAGACAAACUUUAUCUAUGGCCACAGCGAUGCAAUUACAUUUUGAGAAUUGAAACAAAAAAAACACACACACAAAACUGUCGCACAAAGUCACAACCGAUGCAAGUUAUAAUUUACGAUUCGUACAUUCGCCAGCCCAAGCCCCAGAAUGGUUGGUUAUUCUCAAACAUGGCUGUGAAUAUAAGUAAGUUUACUUUCGUUUCCAAA